AUGUCUCGUCCUCAGGUCAGCAUCGACCGUCUCACGCCCCGCCGUGCGACGGUCGAGCCGCGCGAAACUAUGAACUGCAAAUCUUGUCGCAAACGGAAGAUCAAAUGUAAUCGGUUGCGACCGAGCUGCGAGGCAUGUAAGGUCUUCCAGUGCCCAUGUCUUUAUGAUGCCGUCCCCAAAAAACGGGGCCCCAAGACGGAUGUGUUAGAAGCUCUCCUCAAGCGGGUCGAUGGGUUGGAGAAACGACUCCACGACGAAAAAAACCCCAUCUCGCCCACUUCCCCCGAUACCCCGGACGAUCCCCCGAGUUUUCCCACCCGUCGCAACACUAUCGACACCUCAUUUAGUCUUUAUUCUUCGAGUGAUCGAUCUACUCUGUCAACUUCUCUUUCGCAGCAUGUGGAUUCCUUCCCUAGGCCGACCGGCCACUCAGCUAGUCUUCUCCAACAGCCCUCUCCGACAAAUAAUGGACCUUUAUCAGAUGCGAUCCUCGAUAUUUACUUUGAGCGAUUGCACGGUAAACCAUUCUAUAUACUAGACGAGGCAACAACACGACAGCGCCAUCAACUGAACCAAUUGCCUCCGUAUUUGGCCAUGGCUAUAUCAGCAAUGACAGUGAGGUACACAACUUCGCCUGGUCAAGUGGACCAGGCAAUGCGUACUGGACUCGAUGCGGCGCUACAGGCACGACGCAUGAUUGAAGUCGACAAUCCUACCGUAGAAGGAUUGCAGACUCUAUUGUUACUUUCGCAAGCUUUCUACGCCUAUGGUUUAGGAAAGAAAGCUUACAUGACAUUCUCAAAUUGCGUGGCCAUGAUCGUCGCUCUAGAUUUGUACCGCGAGGCUCCCUCUAAGCUCAAUGUCGCGCCCGCCGAGCGAGAAAUGAGGCGCCGGCUGUUCUGGUCUGUUUACUUGAUGGACAGAUUCAUUAACUGUGGAUCUCGACGUCCAUGUCUGAUUACUGAUCAUUCGGUUGUUCUGCGCCUACCCUCUUGGUCACCACAUGCAGCUGGUCUGAAUAUGGAGGGAGAGCUCUUCCAUGUCGGCCCGAAUAUUCAAUAUUCCGCCGACUCCAGGCGCAAAUCACCAAGUGCUGCCUCUUUACUGAUCGAUAUCACGCGUAUUCUUGGUGUCACUAAUAAGUACCUGGCGGCCGGUGGAGUGAAAGGCGACUCCCACUUCCCAUGGCAUGCGCUUUCUAAUCUAUCCAAGAUACGUCAAGAAUUGGAUAUCUGGGCGGCUGGUACGCAGGACGUCUUUGCAUCUAUCGAUGCAUUGUUCGGCCACCCCGAGAGUACAACACUUUUGCUGAGCAAGUUGAUCUACCAUCUGGUGCACUGUUUGAUCUACCGCCCGUUCCUACCCAUUGACUUGGUAGAGCUCCGAGGGACAGGGCAGCAUCAGUCCUGGCAAAUCGAGGCCACGAACUUGUGCUUUUCGCACUCCAAUGCCAUCGCAGAGCUAGUUGAACUAGGUCGGAGUUCCCCGCUGGUUGAGUGGCCUGCCUUUGUCGGCUAUUGUGUGUGCACAGCGGGGACUGUGCAUGUUCACGGCGUGCACUACAAGGGCCGCGAAGGAGAAGUUUUCUCUUCCAGCGCUGAAUUCCUGACUCGGGAGAUGCACCAGCUUGCUUGGUUGCGUAAUAUUUGGACUGGCGUGCAGCAUCAACGAGAGCUGCUCCAGACUAUCUAUACGUGUCACUCCGAGUUGGUCCGCAAUCUUGCCAGUAGCCCAAUGCGCUUCUCCCCAGUCUUCCACCUCGAAGACUUCCUCGACCGAUAUCCCGGUCUGACUUUGGAUGGAUCUCAUGUUCGGCUCAUAGAUGCGGGGGAUGAUCUGGCUCCAAGUAAUGCAAACUUCAUCGAUCGCCAAGAUCACUACUACCAACGACCACUCGCUGCACCCUCGUAUCAGAAUCCAUCGUCUUACUUCUCCACCACACGGCCCGGGCCCUCGACGCCAUUAACAUCCACCCAGGGAUCAGACACCGAUCGUCUGCACUCCCAUCCCCAUUCUCGGUCCCAGAAAACCUCCCACCUGGCCUCCCUCUCGCCCACCCUUCAAUUUCACGCGAUGCCAAGCAAUCAAAACCAACAGUCACCAUCUCUACCCUCCAUAUUCUCCCUCCCAACCGGGACAGACCUAUCCGGUCCCGGCACAUCAGAAAACACCCACCUCUCCAUCCCAGGCUUCUCCCCCUCGACCUUCGGCCUUUCCCCACCAGCCUUCCUCACCGACGGCAGCCUGAACAUAGCACCAACACCGCCCCCAAACCCGCAGUAUGCAACCUUCCCAUUCGACACCGCUCACGCAAACAUAAACGGAAUGGGGCAGUCGGCCCUGACCCCAGGUGCCCAGUCCCAAACUAGUGGCACCCAUACCACAGCCGGCAGCGAGGGCACAUCUGAAAAGGACCCUUUCUUGAGCUUGCUGGAACAGCUCGCUGAAAAUGAGAACUCGCAGGGCGGGCCUAGUGAGCUCGACUUCUUUUUGACGGGUACCGGUGCUGUCGAAAGUGGUCCCGAGAUUCCUAUUGAGAAAGAUGGUGCUUCGUAG